AUGGGUAGAGUUUACCAAAAGUAUCUGAGUGGGUCGACUAUCUACUCCUGUGCGACGUGUAACGCGCACCUCGCUCUCCACGAAGAUAUCAUGUCAAAGCAGUUCCAGGGACGUCACGGUCGCGCGUACCUGUUCGCGAACGUUGUCAAUGUGACAGCGGGUCCGAAAGAAAAUCGAAUGCUGAUUACUGGACUACACGCUGUUGCGGAUUUGCACUGCACCGUAUGUAACACCGUGCUGGGGUGGAAGUAUUUGGAGGCUUUUGAGCAGUCCCAAAAGUAUAAGGAAAAUAAGUUUGUUCUGGAGAAAAACAUGAUGACAAAGCUCGAGAGCGGGUGA